AACUCGCUAGACAAAUAAAGUAAAGACAAAAAUACACAAAUAUACACCAUUCACAGAAUAACCCUCGUGGUAUAAAACAAUUGACAAAGCUUAACUAAAACUCAAUCUUCUACACCGGGAUCAGGGAUCUGACUACAAACGAGCCAUUAACACACACAUACAAACUCUCACUUUGGGAGCGUGUUAUGUAAAUCGCUGUUGACAGCUUGACCUGUUUUGAGUAUGGUCGCGAUGAUAAAUGAUCAAGCUACCCCAAAGGUAUGUUUGAAAUGAACCAGCUUCUGGCGAUAGGUAGUGAUUAAUGUCAUUCGGUCAUCGAUUAGUGUUCGCGUGCUCAACACCGAGCACCACAAGUAAUAUAUCACAGAGGCCUUCUCCUCCUCCCCCGGUCGUCGGCGGCGCCUGCGUGGCGAGAAAUUUCCGAGUCUUUGUGACGGAAGUGGGAAAAGUGCGUUGAAAAGCGACACACAUACGCUCAAUUGUCAUUAUAUAAGCCCAAGCUUGGACACUUAAGAUGCAGUGAAGUGGAGGUCGUAAUCGGGUUAGGGCUGACUUGACUAUAUUUUAGAAAAUCGUUUUGGCAUGUUGGACUCAACGCAAGGUAAUUUGCGACUGUCGAGUUCGCUCGCGUUUUUACUCCUCAUUUCCUCUGCUGCUGGUAGCGGCGUGGCACCGGGAUUUAAAAUACAAGGGAGCCUGGCUUCGUGCACUGUUGAGAACGCAGUCAUAGACCUACCAAUUUUGGCGGGAAAUCCAUGUUUUGUGUGCCGAUGUAAGAACAAAUCUGUGGAAUGUUCGCGCGAGAUCUGUCCACGGACGAACACAUGCAAGGGAACUCUGAAGAGAGAGAAAGGCAAAUGCUGCCCCGUUUGUAAUGAAAACCAAGGACCAGCUUCGUGUACGCAUCAAGGAAGAUCUUACAAGCAUAACGAUUCUUGGUUUGCAAAGGAUUGCCAAAUCUGUUUCUGCACGAAUGGAACUGUCUCGUGCCAGCUUCAAAAAUGUAGCCCACCAAAUUCACUUAGAUGUCCAGAGGGCAAAACACCAGGUCAGGUGCCAGGAGCUUGCUGCCCACAAUGUAUAGAGAAAACUGGUGUUUGUACAUCGUAUGGAGACCCACAUUAUCAAACAUUCGAUGGUCAAAUGUUCAACUUUCAUGGCACUUGCCGAUACCAACUCACUUCAGACAACGCAAACUUUACCAUACGCAUGCGAAAUGAGCGGCGAUACUCCAAUGUCUACGCCUGGUCCAAAGCCCUCUCGAUCCAUCUGGGCGACUCCUCGAUUGUGUUACAUAGGGACCUACAAGUGAAAGUGAAUAAGUCGGAUGUGAAGCUACCAUAUUAUCAUCUGCCGUAUUUUCAGAUAACGAAGGGUGGUUUUACCAUAACCCUUGUGUCCAACAUAGGUGUUCAAGUCCAAUGGGAUGGUAAUGGUUUCAUUGAGAUACAAUUGCCAAAAAGCCUAAUGGGUAAAGUCAACGGGCUGUGCGGUAAUUUCAACGGUUUCUCAACAGACGACUUUAAUCUGAAAAACGGCAGGCGCGCCGUGUCCGCCCAAGAAUUUGGGGAAAGCUGGUCACUGGGUCGCAGGAAUCACGGGUGCGAAAAAGCCCCCUCGGAACCGGUGAAGUCAACGGUAUCACAGUGUUACAGUCAUUUGAGGGGAUUCAGGCGCGCUCAUAAGCGAUGCUUGCCUAUGAAGAAGCAGUUUGCAAACUGUCACACAAAGGUGAAGCCAAACGCAUAUUUCUGGUCUUGCGUGGCGGCAGUCUGUCAGUGUACAGGGAGAAGGUGUGAGUGUGACAGUGUUCUGGCCUACGCACGUGCGUGUAGACGCGAAGGGGUCACAGUGAACUGGGGCAGGAAAAAUUCUUGUGCUGGCGUCCAUUCAGGGUAAACUACGGAGAGCGGCUGUGAGUUCGAAAAGGAGUCACAAGUGGAUCAGACAAUUGAAGGAUAACGAUAGAAGAUAAAGAUAGUUUUAGCAGACGCCAUUUGCAUCCAAUAUUCAAUAUAUAAAUAGUUGGUCUGUCCUUCGAUGAAACAUGUAUAUGCGCACGAAUAGUCGCAAGGAUUCAUCAAAUUAUAUGACAGGACCGGAGGAAAAGUGAGAGAUGGAAGGUUUCCAUUGACUGCUUAGCAGUAACAACAACUGUACAAACCACCCCCAUUGAUUAUGUUUCAUGCAAACAUUUUUAAUCCUACACACGGCCAUCCGUAGAAUCAGUCAUGUCAAGUCCCAAGCGCUUGUCAAAAUAAUAUAUUUUUCAAUCUAAAAAGGUAUAUAUUUUCUAGCCAAAACCAGAGUGGGGGAUAUCAAAUUAUCCUUGGAAGAACUCACUUCAGAAAAUUUUAAAUUCUUAGAGAAACCGCUGCUCGGUAACAUUAAAUAUGCGGUUUAGUUUAGCCAGUAGACUUGAAUCAAAAUUUUCUUCGUAGUCUGGGUUCGAGUCAAGCUGGCUGAAGCGUACGAACUACCAGCCAAUAGAAAACAAUAGUCUGUUAGAUUAAUGCCAGUAUCUGAGAAACUGCGCACCCCUAAUUUGUUAUCAGUCGACCGUUGUUCAGUUAGGGGAGAGGAGGGUACGAAAUUGCUCAGAUUCUCACAUUGACCCUAAAUGUUCACAUUCGAAACCUAACCAUACAUGUAAUAAUCGUAUAUAUAACAGCGUACUUAUUCAUGAUUUGUUUAUUCGUAUGUAGCAUCAGACACCAAUAACUAUUGGCCCCUGGUAUCAUCUUGUGUCAAAAAAUACCUUUGAGAUAUUAUUUCACCAAAAAAGACUGAAGGUUUAGUUAGAUCUCAUACAAGUGUCCAGUAAACAUUUGCCUCGGCUUCAACUGAUGUACAACCCAAUGUUUGAAAGUAAUUUGAAAUGAAAACGUUUACCACGUAAAAUUAUUUCCACUUAAUAAGGCACCAAGCCUUACUCUAAAGAAAAGGCUGAGGUCAUUUUAAAAGGGGAUCACAUUCUUUAAUCACUUGGAAACCCCUAAUUUUAUCCUCUUAAACCUCGAAUUCAGACCAAUGGGUAUUUCGUAUUUUGAAAACUAUAUAGGAACGAUUUCAUGCCUAUUUGCUGACUCCAUGUAAAAAACAAAAUUAUAACCUGAAAAAAAGGUUGAAUUGUAUAAACUUCGUCUAACUUUACUUGUCACGUUCCUUUCUCAGAAAAUAAAGUUUUCCGUAGAAAGAGUACCAAUUUUA